AUGGCCAUUGGUCGACUCCAAGCUGCACUAGCGUCUGCAACAAACGAAGUAACAGUCGCGGCGGCAAACAUCAACUUCGAUUUUACUCUGAUCAAAUGCGAAGCACCGAAAGAAUACCAAGCGCUCGGGAAUGUACUUUCUAAAAGACGCAAAGAGAACGCGGAAUUUGGCUCAAGCCAUGUGCUGGCGAGACAACUUGGCGCUCUUUUCGACGGCAUCUGCCCUUCAGCCCCUGCAUUGUUAGAAGCAUACGGCAAAAGAGCAUCGGAAAUCGCAAAAGUCGCAAAGGAAACAUCAGAGCCUUUUGCAGGAACACUCUUCGGGGAAUACACCGCUCUACAUAUUCACCUCCUAGCUUGUCUUCUCGCUCGUGUAUGGACGGCCCAGGAAGCUGUCGCUAUAUGGGUCGAGCUGGUCUCGGAGAGGAAGAAAAGUAUUGCCCGCCAGGUUGAUAAAGGCGAACCAGUUCCGUUCGCACUCGCAGCGGCAGUCGGACAAGACAUAUCUCGGCCUCAGCUUGCUGCCCUGGAUGCCAGUGCUAGAGCAUGGCUACGAACAGCCGAUGACAUCUUUCGUCGAAAACAAAAGCAACUGGACUUGAUACUCAAGAAUCUUGAACUGCCCAUGGCUGGUGGCUCGGCCGUCUUUUCAAGCGUCAUCGAGACUUGGAAGAUAGCAGUUGAAACUAUGAACAAGCUUGUGUCGGGUCAGCCUUAG